UGAAAAAAAUAGUAAGCUUUACCUUUACCCUUCACUCGCCUAAACUCAAACAGAGAGUAAAUAGAAAGAAGGAAAAGCGGGACUGUUACUACGUUAAGCAUCAGCACCGCAAGCAAUCUCUCAAUAUCUGAGACUGAGACCCCAUCAGAUCCGAUCAAUUUUGUCCCCGUCACUGCUGGUAGAAUCGGAAUUGUUCAUCCGCUACUUAGACAUGAGUUUCCUCUUCGGAAAGAGAAAAAGCCCCGCAGAACUUCUGCGGGAAAAUAAGAGGAUGCUGGAUAAAUCCAUUAGAGAGAUAGAGAGGGAGAGGCAAGGUCUGCAGGCUCAAGAAAAGAAACUAAUUGCCGAGAUAAAGAAGAGUGCUAAGCAAGGGCAGAUGGGAGCUGUCAAAGUAAUGGCAAAGGACCUUAUUAGGACAAGACAUCAGAUUGAAAAGUUCUAUAAGCUGAAGUCACAACUCCAGGGUGUGUCUCUUAGAAUUCAGACAUUGAAAUCAACACAAGCAAUGGGAGAGGCAAUGAAAGGCGUUACAAAGGCCAUGGGCCAGAUGAAUAGGCAAAUGAACUUGCCAUCACUGCAGAAAAUUAUGCAGGAGUUUGAGAGGCAAAAUGAGAGGAUGGAAAUGGUGACUGAGGUCAUGGGAGAUGCCAUUGAUGAUGCAUUGGAAGGGGAUGAGGAAGAGGAGGAAACAGAAGAACUAGUGAAUCAGGUUCUUGAUGAAAUUGGAAUUGACAUCAAUCAAGAGCUUGUGAAUGCACCAUCAUCUACUGUAGCGGCACCAGCUGCAAAAGGCAAGGUUGCACAAGUGGAAACAACUGGGCAUGAUGACAGUGGGAUAGAUAGUGAAUUACAGGCCAGGUUAGAUAAUUUAAGAAGGAUGUAAUCUUGUUACACUUGUAAAAUAAUUACAUCAACACAACUGUGAAAGGAUCAUUAGUUUGGGCUGUGUAGCAUCAGUGAAAAUUGUCCCAGGAUUUUAACUCCUGGUUUUGGGGACAAGUGGAAGUUGUAUGAAGUAUUUACUUGAAUAUAUUUAUGCACAAAUUUGUGCAAUGCAUAAGAAAAGAAUUGUGUUGAUUUUUUCUC